ACAGGAACAUACUCAAAAUUCUCAUACCGGACUUAGAAUUACUACUACCACACUAUUCGGCUGGGAUUCAUACUCAGACGAGCUUCUUGUUCACAGCCAUCCACCAGGCGGCCCCUCACGUCUGCUUCACCCCCCGACAUAGCAAACUUCGAGCAGUGGUAACUCCAACCACGAAAAGAAAGCAUCACGGGCCAAUAUGGUCUCCUCAGAAGUAAGAGACCUUCUGGCGCAGGUGCCGAACUGGAGUCAAGCAGACCGUCCCGCCGCCUUCAGGACGAUAAUCACCACCAUCACCUCCAGCCCCGACCCCAGCCACUUCGCCGCCGACCUCAAAGCCGUUACCGACGCCAUCUUCCUAGAGUCGCUGGGUGUCGUCGCCACUCGAGCUCUAGUCAUCGACCUGAUAGACGCCCUUAAAUCGCUUGCUUCCGGAGGGCCCUCCGCAGACACCAUUAAUUCCACAACCUCCAGCAUCUGGCUUGACGUAGGCAAGGCCAUCCAACAGCAUAUCCAGUCCAACCCCACCCUCGCAACCUCGCUGGUCGACCAGACCGCCACCAUUUACGAGGACCUCCUAGCGGCCGCCCACGAAUCACAAAAUAGUUUUACCGACGCCGCCAAGACGCUCGCGGCCAUCCCGCUUGACUCCUCACAGCGUCGCGUCACAGACAAAUACAAGGCCGAUCUCUGGAUCCGCAUCAUCCGCAACUACCUGGAAGACGACGAUGCCACCAGUGCCGAAACCUACCUCAACAAGCUCAAAAACAUCAUCCACAACGUAGCCGACGAUAACCCGGUGCUGAACCUGCACUUCAAGCUCAGCGCCGCCCGCAUCCAGGACAGCAACCGGCAGUUUUUGGCCGCCUCGCAGUCGUACUACGAAAUCAGCCUGUCGCCCGCCAUCGCCGAAGAGGAGCGCUUACACACCCUGAGCAUGGCCAUCAAGUGCGCCGUCCUCGCCCCGGCGGGACCCCCGCGGUCACGCGUUUUGGCAAAGCUCUACAAGGACGAACGGUCGGCUUCGCUGGAGGAGUUCGGCAUCCUGGAGAAGAUGUUUCUUGACCGCCUGCUGGCGCGGGCCGAGGUGGAAAAGUUCGCUCAGGGCCUGGCGCCGCACCAGCUGGCCACGACGUCGGACGGGAGCACGGUGCUGGCCAAGGCCAUGGUCGAGCACAACCUGCUGGCCGUGAGCCGGCUGUACCGCAACAUUGGGUUCGACGCGCUGGGGUCGUGGUUGGGGCUGGACUCUGGGAACAAGGCGGAGGAGAUCACGGCGCGGAUGAUUGAGCAAGGACGGCUGGCGGGGUCGAUCGAUCAGAUUGACAGGAUCAUUUACUUUGAGAGCGGGCUGGAAGCCUCGGGGGAGAAGGGUAGUGGUAGGGCCGAGGUACCGGUGGGCAAGGAAAUGCGGAGGCAGGAUGGGAUGGUGCAAGCAUUGGCGGAAGACCUCGAACGCAUCACGGAUGAUCUUCUGGUGGAGUUUCCUCAGCUGGUACCCGCCGGGGUUCCUGGCAAUUAGGAUAGCUCGUCCCUGGGCGGGCACCUUGAUCCUCUCGAGGAGAUGGAACCGCUCAUCACAGCCGUACCAGUGAAGUCUGGCAGCCCCGCCAAAAGAAAGCAAGCAUGAUGACAAAGAGCAGCGCGUAUGACACCUAAAAGAAGGCGUAUGUACAUUUCGAAGAGAAGAAAUACAGCACUGGAGGCAUACUUACGGAUGGGACAUUGUCCUUCAAGAGUGUCUAAAACGUAGUGUCUGUACAUAGUCCAGAAUAGAGUUACAUUAAG